AUGUUUCCCGUCCCGUUAUCGCUUCUCAGCUUGUACAUUACCUUCCUCACUUUCCAAUUGGUUCAGGCAGAUUGCGAAUGUGGUUAUACUGUCAAUUCCGCUCUCUACACAGACAUCAUCGAGACAGACUUUCUUCACUUGGCAAACAUCACCAACGACACAGAUUGGCAACCACAAAAUUACACCGUUACCCCUGAACUCGCGAGAGGGCCGUUUGGCAAGAAUGCCUCGAUUAGCAACGUCGUCGCCAAUCCACUCAAAAGUCAAUAUGACUGGGCAGGCGAUGGAGUCAAUGGUGGCGAUGCGGGUCUGCAGCUCUUUGUCAGAGGCGGCGUUCCUCAGGAUGGACUGAUACCAAUGGCCGAGCUUGCGACAGCGAGGACAGAUAUGCUCUAUGGAAGCUUCCGUGCUGGCAUGAAGGUGACGGGAACACCCGGCACUUGUGGCGCUUUUUUCUGGUAUUUGAAUGACACACAAGAAAUCGAUAUGGAGUUCCUGUCCUCCGAAUUUAAUGCCACGUCCCAGCCCGUCAACCUCGUCCUUCAGUCGCCUGAAUCUGAAGAAGCAGGCUUCAAUGCCGCAAACACCGGCACAUUCCAGGUACACCAAUUGAAUUUCACUCCCUCGGAAGGCUUCCAUGAGUAUCGUUUCGACUGGUCUCCCAAUGCCGUCGACUUUUACGCCGACGGUGUCCUGCUUGAUACCAUGACCAGUGCGGUUCCCACAGCACCGGGCCACAUCACGCUGUCUCACUGGAGCAAUGGUGAUCCGAAUUGGAGCGCUGGGCCACCUACCGAGGACGCGAUCCUUACGGUUGAGUACUUGAAAGGCUACUUCAACAGCUCAGAUGCUGCACGGCAGCAGGACUGGUCAACGCGCUGCAUCAGUCCUUCAGCGGUGAAUGCAACAUGCCCUGUUCCCGAGGUCACACAGGCGCCGAAUGGAAAUGUUAGCGCGCACACGUCUUUCUUCAGCAUGCAGGCGAACGAGACGGGGAAUCAGACUGUGUUUGGGUCGAAGAAGAAGAGUGAGGGGAUAGCGUUGGAGAUCUCGAGGACGGGGGUAUUGGCAUUGGUGCUGAUGCUGUCAAGUGUGGUGGGGAUUCUAUUGUGGUAA